AUGCGGAAGUGUGCCUUAUUGCCACAUCACCAAUCAAGGCGGUGCGGUUCUGAGAACCGCACCCUCUCCCUCCCGCAUUCCUUCUUCCUCGUCCUUGCCCCAUCACCGGAAUGGAGCCCUCAAAGUCUUCUGCCGACACCUUCUUUCGCACCACCCUCGUUCCCCUCUUGCUCAUCGUUAUCGCUCCCCCCGGCGUCCAAUUCGUGUGGGUUGUUUGCUAUCACUAUUCGGGUGACCUGCGCCUCUGCCUGCAAGACUCCCCCUUGCAAAUAUGGGCAAACUUUCCCUCUCCCACACUCUUCGCUGCCCAGCUGGUACUCACGUUUCUUGUUGCGCAGCUACUUCUGCUUCUUCUCGUCCCAGGCAAGAAGUUUCUCGCCAUUCCAACGCCGAUGGGCAACCGACCGCAGUAUAGCCUCAACGGCGUCGCUUGCUUCUUGA